GCGGAGACCACCCUCUCCCGGUUGCCGGGGGUGGGCGGGGGCUCUGCCUCCGGCGGCGCCGUGCAUGCCGGGACUCGUAGUCCUGGCGGCGGCGUUCCCGCCUUCGGGAAGCGCGACGGACGCCUGGCGUUGCUAGUCUCAGCUCCGGCGGCCGGCGACAACGGCCGGCCAUCAGGAGCCGGAGGGAACGCCGCAGGUGGCUCCUCCGAGAGCCCAAGGCGGGAAGGCAGGACGGGCGGAACUUCUAUCCCCCAGCCUCCCCGCGGAGAGCCCUCGGUGUCGGGGGACAGCGCCGGCUGCUCCCCGGGAGCCAGCGGCGUCCUGAUGCGGGCGCCCUGCGGGGAGCGCGCCCUGGAGGAGUCCCUGGAGCGGUACCAGAGGCGCCUCCGAGAACGUGCCCGUGAAAGCAUCUCUCAGCUGAAACAUCUCUUGGCAAAAGGCGAUGCUGGCACUGGAUGUGACCAGUCCUCUGUGGAUGAGGGCAGUGACGAUGCGGACAGAGCCAACGACGACUGUGGGAACGCAGCCAGUCAGGAACUGCAGCAAAGUCACGCGGUUAACCAACUUAAAAUUUUGUUGCAACACCAAGAAAGAAUGGAAAGCGAAGAGUCUCCCUCAAGUAGGAAGACGUCAUUCCAUAAACCCCCAGAAGCUGUGCCUGAAGAAUUACCAGCCCUAUCUGAUCUUGUUCCUAUAAUCAAUGAUCAGUCACAGUACAUUAACCAUUUGGAAGCAGAAGUGAAGUUUUACAAGGAGGAAUUGUGUGGGGUGAAAGAUCGAGAACAGGCAGUUUUACUUGAAAAUGAGGAACUCCAUCAGAAGCUGAAAUUCUUAACUGCAGAAUACAUGUUGAGAGAACAAACUCUUCUAGAUGCCUCAGCAAAUACUCAGAACUCCUGGCCUGUAGGUGGUAAAGACCGUAGCACACACCAGCCUGUCACUUCAUCACCAGCACAUCACAAAGAUCAGGCUUUUGUUACAGAAACUUCUGGAGACAAUGCAAAAUGGCCUGUAGAACUGGAGAAUCUAAAACUUCUUUAUCAAGAAAAAGUCAAUAUCCUUGAUGCUCAAAUACAGUCUCUAAGAAAAGACCUGUCAGAAUCUCAGAAGACAUGCAAAGAUUUGGAAGGAAGGCUGAAACACCAGAAGUCACUGUUUUCAGCCCGAAAUUCUAGCCAGGUUGGUGGUCUGUGCCUGACCUGUGCCCAGCACGAGGCCGUUCUUGCGCGGACUCACUGCAAUGUUCACGUGCAGACCAUCGAGAGGCUGACGAGAGAAAGAGAUGACUUGAUGGAUGCACUUGUUUCAGUGAGACAAAGCAUGAAGGAGAUGCAGCUAAGAGAAUCCAAUGCUUGUAAGCAAGUUGAAAAUGCUGUGCAAAUGGCAGAAGAGGCCAAUUUUGAAAAAACAAAGGCUCUAGUCCACUGUGAGCAACUGAAAAGUGAGAUGGAACGACAGAAGAAUUAUCUUGAAAAGGAGUUGGCUGCCCAGCUAAAUAAGAGGGCUGAUGAAAAAGAAGCACUGCGGCAAGAAAUGAGGAAAGAAAGGGAGGACUUGGCAGCAAUGGUUACAGCUUUGUCUAAGGACGUGGCUGUUUUGGAGGCUCAAGUAGAGAGAAUUACAAGGGAAAAGAAUUCUCUAGUUAACCAGUUAGAAGAAUCACAUUGCCUGCUUGCAUCUCAUGAAACAGAGAUGAAUAAGGUGUGUGGAGAAAUGCGCUAUCAGUUGAAUCAAACCAAAAUGAAGAAGGAUGAGGCAGAAAAGGAGCUCAGAGAGUACAGAACAAAAACUAUAAGGGAGCUUGAAAUUAAGGACCAGCAAAUAGAAAAACUGGGAUUAGAGCUGAAUGGAAACAAACAGCGUUUGGAACAAGCCCAGCAGGAUGUGACAGGAGCCAGAGAGGAGUGCCUAAAACUGACAGAACUGCUGAGUAAAUCUGAGCACCAACUGCACCUCACCAGAUUGGAGAAAGAGAGCAUUCAGCACAGCAUUAGCAAUGAAGCAAAGGCCCAAGCCCUUCAGGCCCAGCAAAGAGAGCAGGAGCUGACACAGAAGAUGCAGCAAAUGGAGGCCCAGCAUGAGAAAACUGUAGAAGAACUGGAUUCAUUGCUGACAUCCCAGAAUACAUUCAUAGCAAAAUUAAAGGAAGAAUGUUUUGUGUUGACAAGGAAGUUGGAACAAAUGUCAGAAAAGUACAGAUCUGAAGUCAACCAGCUUAGUCAGGAAAAGGAGUAUCUCCACAGCAGAUUGGAGAAGAUGCAGAAACGGAAUGAUGAAUUGGACCAGCAAUGUAUCCAGCAUGGGAGAAUGCAUGAGAGAAUGAAGUCAAGAUUUCUGUCUGUACCUCAUCCUGUUCUUCUGUAACCUUGGAUUGUCAUCAUCAUUUAUAGCUGAGAGAACAAAGAAAUUCAAAACGCUGCAACUGCAUCCCUAAUCUGUGUAACCACACAAUCUUUCCAUUUAUCUCACCUCGCUUUUGGUUUCUUUAGUUGUGGUGGAUUCUUACCAUAUGUAGGACUGAGAAUUCAAGGUUACUUUCAGGAGAAAAAAAAAAAAUCCCCCUCUUUUUCCUCCUAGCUGCUCUUCUGUAGAAUUAUGAAUAUCUAGUAGAAUUUAAAAGUGCUUUGCAAGUUCUUAGGGUAACCUUUCCUCUAUCUAUUUUUAUAAAUAAAAUAGAUCUACUGGAAAAUGUUGCUCAUUUGCUGCUGCAGCAGCAAUGAUUAUACACUAGAAAAGACUGAAAGCAUUAAUCCAGAGCACAAAAGUGGUUUGAAAGCAGAGUGGUCAUGCUGCAGGCAAUGCCUUACCUUCUGCUGCUGUUUUGCAGACAACAGAGAAAACAGGGCAGUAAUAACAUUUGUCUUAUUUAAUAUUUUAGAAUAUGUAAAUAUGGCAGAGAUUAUCAGGUGUUCUAAACAUGAACAGUAUACUUUACCAUCAUUUUAAGAGAUAGUUCUUUUAACGUACUUUUAAUUGUCAUCUUGCACUUCAUUAAUUUAAAAUCCAACUAAUAAGUGACAAGACUGAUAGUCUAAACUGCUUUAAAAAAGGCAAUGUAAUCUAAUUUUAAUUUCCAUGUGAAAACUGCAGUAGAUUUUCUGGAUGAAUUCCCAAAUGCUGUAAAUUGGUCAUGAAGUUUAGAAAUCUAGGUGAAGAAAAGCAGAGGGAAUAACUACUCCAACAAAUAAAUCUCUCAGUUCCGUAUAUUUAUGUUGAAGGAUUUCCACUAAAUAAAAAUAGUAAUUUUUCUCUUCUGAUUUUGAAAAUAGAGAUCUGGCUCUACUAUUUAGUAAAAGCAGAACAACAAAUAAUAAUAAAAUAUUUUGCCUCAGAUUUUCAUCCAUCACUUACAUACUAAUAAUCACAGCAAAAUACUGUUGACAAUGGUUACUUAACACAUUUGUUUCUCCUUUGUAUGCAUCUACAAAUAGCAGUGGUCUUUUUGCAACACAGUCCCACAGAGUGCAUUCUGACCUGAUUUUCUAUCUGCUGUUAUUCUGGAUCUUCAGAAAAUUUCUUGUAUUAAAAUGAUUUGUCUAAACUUGGAACCUAACAUUUGCAUUUUGAUAAUGAAGUAUUGUGAUAUUUGUUUGAGAAGAAAUCUCUGUACAUACUUGUUUUAUCCAGGGACAAUAUGACAGGCCCUGAUGUAACUGUUUUGUGUAAGAAGCAAUACCUAAUUGAUCAGUCAGAAUUUCUUUCAGAGCCGAAGUGUUUUGGCAAGCAUAAUAGUUGCACUCCUGAAAGUGAACAAGAUAAGUGUUUUAGUGCCAUUCCUAUCUCUGUGUGUAUAUGUGCUGCAAAUUAAUAUAGUCAAAAAUUAAAUCAGCAACUUUCUAAGAAAGAGAUUUCUUUAGGUUGCAGUCAUUAAACAGAAUCUGCCUUUUCAGUGUAAUGGAAAUAUCCUUUCAGUGUGUUUUCACUCAGUGAAGUAUGGCAUUUAAAAGAAGUAGAUGUCCAUCUUAAAUGGUACAGUUGUCACAUGCUGCUGAGGCAAACUUGAAUUGAAAGAUGUACAGUUUGCAGGACUAAAGUGACAUGUUAAGGGUCCAUGUGGAGUUGGUCACCGUAUGUAACUUCAUGGAUAUGAAUCUUGCAGAAAUAAGUUCUUGUCUGUUAUGUAGCAGAGUCCAUUUUUUAUAAAUUUUCAAUCUCAAAGCAGACUGUAUUAUUAAAUUCUUCAAAUUCCCAUUCUAUAGAUACGUGUUCAUAGUAGAAAUUAGCUGACAGCAGAAAGUACAGAAUUUCUUACAAGGCAGCUGUAAAGGUAAAAACUAGCCAAGAAUAAAAAGACUAUACAGCAAAACUAAAAGGUUUCUAUCUUUCUGUCUUCUGGGGGUUUUUUUGGUGUUCCAAAAUUUGAAUAGAUUCCAGAUGAAGGAAAAUCCAAAGCCAAAUGAAUUAGAUAACUAUGCAUAAAGUUGGUUCAUUCUUUCCUUAAUCUGUUUUCAAACUGAAUUACCAGGUAUGCAUUUUCACCUCUGUAGUUAGACCAGUUCUGUAAAUGCAGAUCCACUUUCUCACAAGCUCUUUUCCAAUU